AACAUCACAAAGAUAGUGUCAAGUAACACAACAUCUGCUGUAGUUGCAGGCAAAAGAUCAUUCUGUACUUAUUACGAUACCAAAGACAAUCAACUUCCUUAUGAUACCACUCCCAUCAAGAUUGAAAAGGAUAACCAAAAUCAUGUUGGCAAAUAUUUAGAUUUAUACAACAAACAUAAGAAUCAAGUACCAUUUUAUAAUAAGGAUAGUGCUUUUACCCCGGGUGUUUGGGGUUUAUAUCCAAGAGUAUCAGAUGGUUCUUUUGUAGCUCCAUCUGCUUCACUCGUUGGUAAUGUAUACCUUGGUUAUGGUGCUUCUAUUUGGUAUGGUGCUGUUCUUAAAGCCGAUGUUAAUAUUAUUUAUAUUGGUACCUAUGCAAAUAUUCAAGAUGGUACUGUUAUUCGUGAAGCUACACGUCCACUUUCAUUGGACCAUGAUGGUAGCACUGUCGUUGGUCACUAUACCACUAUUGGACACAACUGUAUACUCGAGUCUUGCACUGUCGAAGAGAACUGUCUCAUUGGUAUGGGAUCUAUUCUCGAGUCUGGAUCAUAUGUCGAAGCCAACUCUAUUCUAGGCGCCAACUCUAUUCUUCCAAAGGGUGCUAGAGUUUUAACCGGUGAGUUGUGGGCUGGCAGACCAGCCAAGUUUGUUAGAAAACUAACGGAAGAGGAAAUCAUCAACAUUCACAACCAAGCCGCUCAAUACUAUGACUACUCUGAAACUCACAACCAAGACUUGGGUCUUCACAACCCAUCUAGUGUACAUCUUGAUGCUGAAUCUCAAGGUGUUGAAGUUGGAUACAAAGAGAGAGGGAAAGAAGAAGAAAAAGAAGAAGAGAUGGCAAGUUUUGAAAAUGUACCAGGACAAUUACAACGUCUCAAUAAUAUAACUCAACAAAUCAGACUUAAAAAAGCAACCAUUGGAUCACCAUCUGAUAGUGUACAAUUUAGAGAUCAAUUAAAAACUUCGAUAGAAGAAGGUAAUAAUAUAAUUCAAUCUAUAAAGACAUUUUUGAAUAAACAAUUUGAUAGAAAUGAUAGAACAAGAGUCAACAAGAUCAAGAAUGACUUUAAACGUUUGUCGGAUGAAUUUGAAUCAGAGGCUACACAAAUCAUCAAUUUGGAGUUGAGAAAUGCAAUUGGAUCGGGUGGUAGAUCAAGAGACCUUUCGGUUGGUGCUAGAGAUCGUGGAUCGUUUUCCAGUCGUAUCCAAUACAACAGCGAAAGAGAUAGAGAACUGAGUAGAGGUGGAAAGAAUCAAGUAAGCGAUGUACAAUUGGCACAGAUGCAAAUCCAUCUCACCGAUGCACAAGAAGUAGACGAUUUAAUAUUGCAAGAGUACAACACCGAAGUAAAGAAAUUGGUAGAGGAUCUCCAAAUCGUUCAAGAGAUUACCAAAGAUAUUCAUGCACUGACCGUUGAACAAGGUGAAAUGUUACAAGUCGCCAAUAUACAGACAGAGAAUGCUGCCAACGAGGUAAAGAGUGGCGUGCAAGAACAAGAACAAGCAUACGGUUACAAAAAGAGUUAUCGAAAGAAAAUUAUCAUCUUGAUCAUCCUACUUAUCAUUCUUGCUGCCAUCAUUGUUGCAAUCACUGUACCUUUAGUUAAAAAAUAA